CGAGCAUUCUCAGUGUUUUGAGCAACAUCACUCAUUCCCAAAGAGAUCAUGGCCGAAGCACUUCUUUCUGCUGUCUUCAAUGCGCUUUUGGAGAGGUUAACACCUAACCAAGGUGACUUGAUCAACUUGAUUUGUGGAAAGAAGCUCGACUACAAGCUCCUUCAGCGUUUGAAGCCGUCCCUGAUUGCUGCAAUAGCCGUGAUCAAUGAUGCUGAACUCAAACAACUCACCGAUCCUGCUGUCAAAGAUUGGCUUGAUGAACUCAAAGAUGCUGCUUAUGACCUGGAAGACUUGAUGGAUGAGAUUUCCACACGAGCUGCCAUUCAGAAAAAGGUGCCCUGUUUCUCCUCUGCUUCUCUUCGUUUGCGUGAUGCGAGCCUGGCAAAUAAGUUAGAGGAUAUGACUGAUAGAAUUGAAAGUAUUGUGGGAAACAAAGAUGCCCUUGAUUUGAAGAAGACAAGUGGAACUGAAACUUUGUCAUGGAGGCCUCCAGUUACGUCUAGUGUGAAUGUCUCUGAUGUUUAUGGAAGAGAGAAAGAAAAACAAGAUAUCAUUAAGCUUAUGUUCAAUAAUGAUGACGGUGAUCAGUUGUCUGCAAUCCCUGUCGUGGGCAUGGGCGGGGUUGGGAAGACCACCUUAGUCCAACUAGUUUAUAAUGAUAAUGAUGUGAAGCAAAAAUUUGAUAUUGCUGCAUGGGUUUGCGCUUCUGAAGUAUUUGAUCAUUUGAAAAUAGCACAGACUAUAGUAAAUUCUAUUGAUGCUUGUUUUGUCUGUGAUAACAUGGAUUUAAGUCUUCUUCAACAUCAUUUGGCUGAGAAGUUAGAAAGAAAAAGGUUUUUAAUUGUUUUGAUGAUGUUUGGAAUGACAAAAUCACUGAUUGGCAUAUUUUGAAGGAUUUGAUUCAGAAUGGAGUGGGAGGAUGCAAAAUUCUUGUUACAACUCGCCUAGAGCGUGUAGCUUUGAGGGCUAAAACCAUCUCAUCAUUUUAUCGCCUCAAUGUCUUGUCUGAUGAAGAUUGUUUGUCAAUUUUUGCUGCCCACGCUUUCCAUUCUAGAGUUUCAAUCGUGAAUUCUUGCUUAGAAGGAAUCAGGAGCGACAUUGCUAGCAAGUGUAAAGGAUUGCCUUUAGCUGCAAAAGUACUAGGGAAAACCUGACUUUGAAGAUUGGAAUAAAUAUUAAAAGAUGCCAUGUGGGAUUUAUCGGAUGAGAUCAUUCCAGCCUUAAGAGUCAGUUAUUAUUUUUCUCCCUCCCCAUUUAAAACAAUGCUUUACCUUUUGUUCUUUGUUCCCGAAGGAUUUUCGGUUUUGUAAAGAGCAAUUAAUCUUGAUGUGGAUGGCAGGAGAUUUUUUGCAACUUCCAAAGGGGAACAUGACUUUAGAAGAAGUUGGUUAUGCGUACUUUGAUGAUUUAACUUCGAGGUCAUUCUUUCAACCCAUACCAAAUAAUGAGUACCGGGGUCUUGAGUAUAAACAUCGUGGUGAGUUGUUUGUCAUGCAUGCUCUCAUUCAUGAAUUAGCGACUCAUGUUGCUGGAGAUUUCUACUUCCGGUUAGAGAAGGAUGGGAACAAAAUUGAUAAGAAGACACGCCAUUUGUCAUGCAACUAUCAGAAUCAUGCAUGCUCAGACCUUGAGCUUUUCAAAAAAAUAAAAUCCUUACGAACAUUUUUAGGAUUGAAAUUUUGCUAUAUCUCUCGAUUUGUUGGAAAUGUUUCUCAUAUUCUACCAUCAAAUAUGAAGUGCUUGCGAAUGUUGUCACUUCAAGGUCUGCGUGCAUUAAGGGUUGUUCCUGAGUCUAUUGGGGAAUUCAUCCAUUUGCGCUAUUUGGAUCUACCAAACACAAGUAUUGAAAGCUUGCCUGGAUCAAUGUGCAAGAUGUAUAAUUUACAGACGUUGUUGUGUUUUUGUCAGUAUCUUGAGGUGCUCCCAAAUGACAUGCAAGAUCUUGUAAAUCUUCGCCAUUUGGAUUUGUCCUCAUCAAACAGGAUUGUAAGUUUGCCUAACUCAUUGUGCAAAUUAUACAAUCUACAAACAUUGAAGUUAAAAGAUUGUCGGCGUCUGCAGAUGUUGCCAAGCGAUACACAAGAUCUCGUAAACUUGCGGCAUCUUGAUGUUAGAAACACAAGUUUGAAAGAAAUGCCGAGGGGAUUGGGCAAGUUAAAAAAUUUGCAAUUUUUGAGUGAAUUGUUGUUGGAAAAGAGCAAGGGAUCGGGAUUGGAGAAUGGGAGAAAUGCCAAAUUUAAAGAGUUGGAUUGUAAUUGAAAAGUUAGAGAAUGUCAGGAAUGGAAACGAAGCCUAUGAAGCGAGGAUGACGGAGAAGAAGCACAUUAAUGAUCUAACAUUAUCAUGGUCAGAGUAUGGCGACGGGGAAGAAUCAGCAAGAGAGAGAGAUAUUUUGGACAAGCUUCAACCUCAUUGGGAUUUAGAAGAACUGGAAAUAGAGAGUUAGAGGGGCACACCAUUUCCAGAUUGGUUGGGGAGUCCUCGCUACUACAACGUGACUUGGCUGCGACUGGAUAACUGCAAAAAACUGUUGCAUGCUUCCCCCCCUUGGGCAGCUCCCGCCUCUAAGGACAUUAUAUAUUGAAGGAUUAGAAAGUAUUGAGAAGAUUGGUGAAGAGUUGGUGAAGGUCAGCGAAUGUGCUCCCAUGAUACCAUUUCCAUCUCUUGAAUGUCUUAGUUUUCAAGGAUGACUUCGUGGACAGAAGGGCAUUCCAUUGAUGUGGAAGCUUUCCCUAAACCCCAACAACUCAAAUUAAAUAGAUGUUCUAAUUAGUUGGAAAUUUACCUAGCCAAUUACUUUUUCUAAAAACUCUAGAGGUCAAAGGGUGUCCGUUGCUGGCUUCUUGUAUCCCAAGGUGUCCCAAAAUUCAGGAUUUAUUGACAGGUGGAAGUGGAAGGGUCCGGUGGCAAGAGCAAGAGCUACCUCCUUCCCUUAGGAGGCUAGAAAUUACAGGACGUCGGAUGUCAAAAUCAAUGUUGGAGGCACUCUCUAAACAUUUGCAUCUUCAAAAAUUGAUUAUCUCGGAAUGCUCCAAUACAUCACAUCAAAUGAUUCAUAUGCCUCCAUCACUACAACAGUUAGAGAUAAACAAUUGUCAUAAUGUUGAUUUUGUGUUGAGUUCAACUGCUUCUCUACAAAAUCUCCAAUAUGUAACUUUUAGGUGGGCUUGUAAUAUUGUGAAGUUUAUGUCGGAUGACAUGAAAGGUCUUCUCCCAAAUUUAAAACAGCUACGUAUAGAUAGUUGUAAAGAGAUGGAAGCAUUUCCAGAAGGGAUCCUUGUGCCAAGUUUGAGGGAACUUUAUAUUAGAUUGUGUAAUUACAAGCUAUUAUCCCAUCAAGCAGAGUGGCACCCUCCUAACUAAUAUUACUUACCUUCAUAUUUUUUGUUCAAAUGUCCAAUGUUUCCCGGAGGGCUUCUCUCUUCCUACCACGCUCACCACUCUGGAGCUCUUUCGCUUCUUCAACUUGGAGACAUUAGAUUGCAAAGGACUUGAGCACCUAACAUCUCUCCAACAACUCAACAUCAGUUUUGUCCCAAGCUGGAGAAAAUGUCAGGAGAAAAGCUGCCUUCUUCUUUAAGAAGGCUUUGCAUUAGGAGUUGUCCGUUGCUUGAAGAAAAAUACCACAAGAAGGAUGAAGAUCUUACGCGCCGCAUAUCCCACAUCCCACUCAUCCAGUUUCUUGGUUCCUAAAUUCCUGAUGAGAUACAAUUAUCCACAAGGCAGUGUCCAACUUGAUAUGAGCUAGUUCUAAUUAAUGAAAACAACAUAUAGUGGUGCUUCUUCACAAGAUCAGCGAAAAAGAUAUAAAGGGAUUUGCAGACUUCAAUCUGUACUGAGAAGAAACUCUCAAUGAAAUCUCAUAGAGUCCAAGUCCUCUUGUUCAUCAAGUUCCUGAUCAUCCUCACGAGCAUUUUGUUCUUUUUUCUUAAAGUGUUUUCGGAUAAGUUCAUAAAGACUUGUUUGUAAAUUGUAUGUUGUAUUGUGAUUGCUCAUUACUUUUAAAAUUC